CCCAGUCGAACUACCUUUGACCGUUGCAUUCCAAGCUGCUUUUUUGGCUUUGCAUUCUUUCUUCAUUCUUGGUACCAUUCAGUUCUCAGACAAACCGACACCAUGGCUUCUCCCCAGCGAAUUCGCACCGAGAUCACGGAUCUCUUCAAGAUCAAUCAUCCCAUUCUCCUCGCUGGCAUGAACGUCGCGGCCGGUCCCAAGCUGGCUGCGGCCGUUACCAAUGCUGGCGGUCUUGGUGUUUUGGGCGGCAUCAACUACACCCCCGACAUGCUUCGGGAUCAGAUUGAGGAGCUCAAGUCGCACCUAGUCGACAAGAAUGCGCCCUUUGGUGUUGACCUCCUGCUGCCCCAGGUUGGCGGUAAUGCCCGGAAAACCAACUACGACUACACCAAAGGCAAGCUCAAUGAGCUGAUCGACAUCAUCAUUGAGUCCGGCGCCAAGCUCUUCGUUUCGGCCGUCGGUGUUCCCCCCAGGCACGUUGUUGAGAAGUUGCACAAGCACGGCAUCGUCUAUAUGAACAUGAUUGGUCACCCCAAGCAUGUCAAGAAGUGCCUGGAUCUCGGCGUCGACAUUAUCUGCGCACAGGGUGGUGAGGGCGGCGGCCACACUGGCGACAUUGCCACCACCGUCCUUAUCCCGGCCGUCGUCCAGGCCUGCAAGGGCCACAAGUCGCCCCUGACCGGCAAGCCGGUGCAGGUGAUUGCCGCCGGCGGCAUCCACAAUGGUCAGCUGCUGGCGGCUGCGCUGAUGAUGGGCGCCAGCGCCGUCUGGGUUGGCACUCGCUUCGUCCUGUCUGAGGAGGCCGGCGCCCCCGAGUCGCACAAGGAGGCUGUCCGCACCGCGAGCUUCGAUGAUACCAUCCGCACGCUCAUCUUCACAGGCCGCCCGCUGCGCGUGCGCAAGAACCCAUACAUUAUGAACUGGGAGGAGGAGCGCCAGGCCGAGAUCAAGGAGCUCACGUCCAAGGGCAAGCUCCCCUACGAGGCCGAUCUUGAUAGGGUGAUGAACGGCGAGCUCGAUGCGACAGCUAUCAAGACUUCUACUGGCACGACGUCCCAAGAAGAUGUUGAUCCUGAGGACCUUCUCGAUCAGUUCCGGCCCCACCUCAUGGGACAAUGCGCCGCUGUCGUCAACGAAAAGAAGCCGGCCAAGGAGAUUGUUGACGAGUUCAUUAACGACGCUGUUGCCUCCCUGAAGAGGGGCCAAGCGUACACGGCGAAGCUGUAGGGGCCAGAAUCAUUUGUGUUUUGUAGCGU